CUUGAAAAGACACAGUUGAUGGCUGCAAUAUGUUGUUAGCUUUGUUCCGCAUCCUUGACUGAAAUUUUCCUUCGAAAGGCAUCCCUGGCCUCUUAGCAGCUUUCAAAAGCGUUCUGACUGCUUAGAGUUCAAUUUAGCUAGACUUCUGGAGAAGCUCAGCUCGCUGGUUCGCAAUGAAGUGGCAGUAUAAGGAGGACCAUCCGUUCGAGAAACGGAGGUCCGAGGGAGAGAAAAUUCGCAAGAAGUACCCGGAUCGUGUGCCGGUUAUCGUAGAAAAGGCACCCAAGGCCCGAAUCGGCGACUUGGACAAAAAGAAGUACUUGGUACCAGCUGACUUGACGGUCGGGCAAUUCUACUUUCUUAUCCGCAAGCGCAUUCACCUGCGCGCCGAAGAUGCACUGUUCUUUUUCGUCAAGAACGUGAUCCCACCCACCAGCGCAACCAUGGGUGCUUUGUACCAGGAGCAUCAUGAGGAGGAUUUCUUUCUCUACAUAGCAUACAGUGAUGAGAGUGUUUAUGGCAGUCAGGUGUAGACUAACCGCAGCUGUGCAGGCUAAAUGGCUAUGUGUGCCACUGUUUACGCCGAAUUUCCACGCAAGAUGCGCUGAUGGCACAUAUGGCCAAGUGAGGUUGCGUUCGCCCAGUAUGUGUGCGUCCGAAAUCAGUUUUUGAACUACAUAUAGCUCAUCAAGAUAUGCUUUGCACUUGUUUAUCACCUAGAGGAAAACAGGAGCGUAGGAUGUAGUGCCUUUCCCCAAUAGAUUGUGAACACACACACACACACACACACACACACACACACACACACACACACACACAUACAUACAUACAUACAUACAUACCUCCUGUCCCGUUGUUCCGCUGCCUUGUCUGAUCACGUGGCCUCUUGGUGGGAGUGACGUGAGCACUUGCAGUGAGGUCUCUUCCAUAGCAGCAGCAGUAGCAACGCACACGCACACACACACACACAUUGCUGUCAGCAUUCAAAUGCCUAUUUUUUUCUUCAUUGGCCUGCAUGAAGAGAGUGCAAUAAGUUUAUCACGUUUUGCCCUAUCAUUUUUACUAAAGUUUCCCAGAAGUCUACCUGAUGACCUUUCAACUUUCUCUCACAUGCAUAAACCACUAUUUUCUUGCUUUAAAGUCCGUAAUUGGCGUCAUCCAAGUUUUACUCCUCGCAUUUAUUAUGUACUACAUUUUGCUUGAUACUCGUUAGCUGGAGCGGUUUUGCUAUUGUCAAUGUUAUUCACUAUCAAACGUCUUGUCUUGUAUGUUUAGCCUUGUAGUCACUCCUCAGUUUUUUGUUAUUCGUUGUGAUCGAGUUCUUGCAAUAACAACCGCUGGGGAGAUAUCCAUACCUAUCAUUUCAGCUGGUUUGCCGGUACGAUAGCAAUACCGUGUUCUCCCGUGGA